AUGGAGAAGCCCGGUCUAGCUAUCGGAGAUAUUCAACCUAGAUCGCGCCGAAACUCCGUGGCCUCUUUGUUCGGACCCCCUAGGUUGACCAAUGCAACACCACGACAAAUUGACGCUCCCGGAGCGUCUUCGGCACCUGGUGGGGAUGAUCAUAGCGCAGAGAAAGUGGCACCUCCAAAUCUUGCAAAGACGCUGAAUAGACGACUCAAAAAGGGCUCUCAGCCUAUCAUUGAAAGCGUAUCCCAGAAACUAAACGUCAAAAUCCUCGAAGUCAUUCAAAGUAACUGGAUCCCUAAUGAUGAUGGGAACCAGGAGAAGAUCUCUUUGAUUGGUGAACUUACCAAUCUGCAAUCUGCCAGUAUCGAAGAUGGAUCUUUUCGAUGGAUUCAUUUUGAGCGCGACACAGCAUCGAUAAACUUCGCAGAUUUUGAAAAAGUUUUGAAUGAUACCCGGGUCCUCUACACACAUGAGGCUGCAGUCGCCUCAAAAUGUCUCAAGGAAGUAGCCCUGAAUCGACGAACUUUUGCGCGAGGCAAGUACUUCGGGCCUUAUAUUCAUCAGGCCUCUUUGCCUUAUGGAAGUGAGGUCGAAGUACUCCCCGUUUCAGCCACAUUCCUAAGCUUCCCCAUAUUCGCUUUAAUGAGUAUCCCACACUACGGGGGAGAUGUGCACGCCAACAGCCGAAAUCUUCGAUCCUCAGACCAACAUCCUAUACGAUCGCUUUUGCAGUAUUCCAACAUCCUAGCCAAAACGACCAAGCGCGAUACACGCCAGGUAGUCACACGCGACGAGGUCGAAGACGAUGGUCAAGCGCCCAACCAUGAUAAACCCUUCAUCCAUGUCCCAGAGAUCUGGGCGCUGGUGAUCAAUAUGUACACCAUCAUAACUUGUGCCCCAUUUUCACUGGAUGAAUUGUGUUGCGAUAAUGUCAAAGUCCAUAACCCGCCAAGGCAGGAUCAAAAGGUGCUAGUCAAGUACACCGACCUUCAUGGAAGGCUCCAUGACUUUCGCUGCCGCACCUGGUUUGGCUUACUUGACAUUGUAUCCUCGAUCGAAUCCCAUGUCGAUAAGAUGAAAUCCUUGCUCAAUAAUCCGGAAUCCCAAUACAAGCUGAUCGACCCAAGAUUUCGACCUAUCGAUAACACUAGGUGGCUGGAGAUUGUCGAAGCUACUGGUGCACGAAGUGUCAACGUACGUGGUGUGACGCUGCUCGAAGACAGUGCCUUGUCACUGGACUUCGCCGAACGAAAAUUGCGAGCCUCAAUUCAGGGGACAUUUGUCCUUCUCGGCUACUCUGUCACUCUCAGGCGACUUCGAGAAAGAGCCAUGCGUUUUCAGGUCGAGAAGGUUGAGCGAGCAAAACAAGAUCAGGUCAAGAAGCGAAUUGCUCUUCUGUCGAAGGAAGCGAGAAACAUCAAGCGAAGUCGCCAUUUCAACCGCUUUCUACUUUACGCGACCCGAAGCCAGAUCUUAGAUCCCCAUGCGUCAGAUGCAUUCAAGCAGACGGAAGCACAAAUACCAAUCGGCCAGACGAAUCGAUCAACAACAGGAUCUACUAUUGCGGAGGAUUGUACUGAUCAGCGGAAGAAGAACUCAAACCCUCUCGAAUCGACCGCUGUAGUCAGACAUCUUCCCGAGGUCUUCGAAAACAAGUUGAAAAUCCCUACGAUCAAGGUUGACACGCAAGAGGACGAACAGACAAGAACGGGCGCGCCGAAGAUUCAACCAACGACCCCUCGGAUCACUCUGAAUGACGAGCACAUAAAUCAAAGCCCAAAGACGUCAGCGGCUCUGGUGCUGCCACCUCCAGUAGCGGCAUCUGGGAAUUCAGAGCCUACUCGCAAGAAGUCUCCGUCAUAUCAGUCUAUCGUAACGGAUGACCUAGAGGCUCAACGCUCGCCUGUGGAAGCAUUCGAAGAUCUCGAAUCGCAGCGGAGGUCGCGACUGCACUCCGUCCUUCCUCUGCAGAAGCACUCGUCACAUGCCGAAUCGUCUUUAGGGCUGGCAGGUCCCUCAAUUGUGGAUCCUCUAUCAGCCGACUCUCUUGGACAGGGCGUGCAAGAUAUGUCGCAUCUCACUUCAUUACCCCACAUCACCCCUGAGAACUCCUUGUCACAAGGAAUUCGACGACCAACCCAAAAACAGGCCUCUCUCCAGGAUACAGACUCCGUCGAUUCGAAAGUCUUCCCUGCCUCCCCGCCACGCUUACCUUUGAGGCCGGAAGGUGGAUCCACCAUUCUACGUUCCGAAUGGAAUGCUCUCAAUUCGAGCUCUUCACAGAGUGAAAGCGCCGAGCAUCCUUCAUCUGAAGAGUCCCCUAACGCCGGGGCGCUCCCAUAUCCACAGAAGAAUGACACCACACUGAUUCAGUAUGCCGCAACACAGUUGGAACAAAUUGAACAAAAGUGUAAUCAGCUUUUGCUUGACGGCAGACCCGAACCCACCAAUGACAAAUCUUCCCCAAACUGGCGCCUGCCUUCGGCUUUAACGCCAACCUUUCGCGAUAUCGUGCUGUUUCUACUAUGCAUAUACUUGGCAGUGACUGAUCAUGGAGUUGACUCAAUGUCUGUACAUCACAUUCGCGACAAAGUCCUCGGCGACUUGGCCGAAUCCGAAAGCGCACUGCUUCGGCUAUCUGAACAUGCGGAAAUGGAACUUGACCAGAGUGGUCACGAAUCGAUCAGGACUGCCGACACAAUCCUUGAAAUCUUGGUUGAGAACGCAAUGUCAUUUUCGACUAAAGAGGAACUUGACAAGAAGGGUCGUGCAAGGCUACCCUUUUUCGAUCUCGUGCACAUAUACAGCAGUUACACUUCCAGUUGUAUCUUCCGCGCGAAGAGGGACGCUAGCGCUCGUGUAUAUGAGGACGUGCGACUCCUCCGAGAAGAAGUUGAGACCAUCAGUCUUAUGCUUAAGGAUCAAAAAGACUUGUUUCGAAAGGUGCUAAAGGCUAGAGGAAGUACUCCUGAAACGCUUGAUAAAAGGCUCACCCACCGCAUACAAUCCAGUCUUGAUGAAACUAUACGUCAUUUUGAUACUCUGAGUGUUUAUGCUGUUCAGGCAGAAUUUUGGACCCGCAACUCUAUUGAGGUCAAAGGUGAAGACAACAGCAAAGCAAUCUACGUCUUCACCGCUGUCACAGUCAUAUUUCUCCCCCUCACUUUUAUCGCAGGCCUCCUCGGCAUGAAUACAGUCGAUAUUCGUAACGAGCAGGAUUCACAAUGGCUCUUCUGGGCUAUCGCCCUACCCUUCACGUUUACAGUACUUAUGAUCUGCCUUUGCAUUGCGAAGCUUAACUUCAGGUUGCGAAAAUUCGUCCGUUCCGUUCUCCGCAAAAGUGGCGUCCUCCGGAAAAUAAGGAAGGGGUUGGGAAUUUUAGGGAGGAGACUCCUCCCAGAGAAAUGGUAUAGACGUGGAACGAGGAGGGCGGCUGAUUGGAUUGAUAGUGUGAGAGAUGAGGCUUAG